UUGAUUUUCUAUUAUUAAUUUGUUUUCUGGUUGAAUUGUUACUCCUCGUAUAGACAGAAUUCUAAAUUUGUGGAUUCAACCACCUUCACAGGUAGCCUACAGCGGGUACCGAAAAGGAAUCCACUAACAUUACAUCGCUCUAUUGAUUAUUAAACACUUAUGGAAAUUUUAUACGUUAUGAGAAAGAACGGAUCGGUCUGCGAUGGCAUCUUGAAAAGUGAAGACGGAAGAGAAUUCCCGAUACAUCGAUUAAUUAUGGUGACUUGCAGUCCUUAUUUUGAAGCUUUGUAUAACAGCCCCAUCAACAUUCAACGAAGAACAGAGAUAAUUAUUCCAAAUAUAUCUGCAGACAUGUUAGACAAGAUUAUUGACUUCGCUUAUAUGCCAAGCAAUUUUCAUCAAACUGUCAAUUUUCAGAAUGUUUUCCAACUAAUUAAAGUUGCUAAUAAAUUUCUGAUAAGUAAAUUAGUAGAUAUAUGUUGUAUAUUUCUUAUUGAUCAUAUAAACGAUCAAAAUUGUAUAUUAAUAUGGAAAUGUGCCAAGCAGUAUAAUUACCAGGAUAUGGAAGCGAAAGCUCUCAAGUAUCUGAUGAUUAAUUUUACCAAUAUACUGAAAGAACGAAGAUACUUGGAAAUUUCUUUAGAUGAAAUAAUAACGAUUUUAAAGAAGGAAGAAUUGAAUGUAAAACAUGAAGAAUUUGUUUGGGAAGGUAUUUUAAUAUGGAUCGAUCACGACCCGGAUAAUCGUUCCAAGUAUAUAAACCAAUUAAUGCGUUGCGUUCGAUUUGGUCUCAUAAAUCCGGAGUACUUCAUCGCAAAAGUUAAAAAUAACAAAUAUGUUAAAUUUGAAGACAGAAACUGUCGUCGAAUAAUCAUUGAAGCCAUCAGAUGUUUGUUCGAUUUGAAAAUUGGGCAUGGAAGUAAAAGUAAGCUUCAGCUUCAAAAACCGAGAUUGCCUCGUGAAGUACUCUUUGUAAUUGGUGGUUGGGAUGGAGAUAUUCCUAUAAACCUCAUGGAAUCUUACGAUAUCAAAACGGAUUCUUGGAUACUACUUUCAAUAAAUGAUUCUACUGGACCCAGGGCAUAUCACAGAUGCGCCGUCAUGGAUAACUAUAUAUAUAUUAUUGGUGGAUACGAUGGAGUAGAUUUCUUCAAUACGUGCCGGUGUUUUGAUAUAUUGACAUCGGAAUGGAGAGAGAUUGCACCAAUGUAUUCACAUAGAUGUUAUGUCAGCGUAGCCACUGUAGGUAGACACAUAUAUGCCUUAGGUGGAUUUAACGGACGAGUGAGACUUAGAUCUGCAGAAAGAUAUAACUGUGAUACAAAUCAAUGGACGAUGAUCGCAUCGAUGAAUAAUGAAAGAAGUGAUGCCAGUGCUACCGAAUUAAGCGGAAGCGUGUAUAUUGUUGGUGGCUUUAAUGGGAACGAGUUUCUAAGUUCUGCAGAAUUCUAUAAUCCUGACACAAAUCAAUGGACUAAUAUAUCUUCCAUGAAAACACGCAGAUGUGGUGUUUGUUGCAUCAACUACAACGGAUAUCUUUAUGUUUUUGGAGGAUUCAAUGGCAUUUCUCGCCUGUGUAGUGGAGAAGUAUAUAAUCCCUAUACCCAAAAGUGGUAUAUUCUUGAAGAUAUGAGCACAGCCAGAAGCAAUUUUGCAGUGGUGGUUUUAGAAGAUUUGAUUUUUGUUAUGGGAGGUUUUAAUGGAAUUACUACAGUAUCUAGCGUGGAAUGCUAUGACGUGAAAAAAGAACAAUGGAUUCAAGCCAAAGAGAUGCAUAUGAACAGAUCAGCACUGGAUGCGUGUGUGGUUAAAGAUAUUCCAAAUAUUGAAAAUUAUAUUCCACCUAGAAAUGAAAGUUUUAUUGGAAAAAAAUCAAAUUUACACUUUUCAGAUUUUUCGCAAGAAUAUUUUUAAUCAACACAUAAUAAUAAA